AUGGCUGAGCUGCCCAAGGAACGGAUCACAGCCACUCGUCCAUUCACGGUAACGGGGGUUGAUUAUUGGGGCCCAAUCCUGCUGAAGCAUCCGCAUCGGCGAGCCUCCCCAACAAAGGCAUUUGUUGCAGUCUUUGUCUGCUUUUGCACUAAAGCUGUACAUAUCGAACUGGUGUUUGACUUGACAACAGCAAAGUUCAUUCAGGCCUUGCGACGAUUCGUAUCUCGCCGAGGCCCACCUUCCGACAUCUUCUCUGAUAAUGGCCGAAACUUUCUCGGAGCCAAGAAUGAACUAAAGCGACUUAUUCGCCAGCCAGAUUAUUCGCGCAAUGUUGACCAGGAAUGCUCAGUCUGCAACAUCAGAUGGCACUUUAAUCCGCCUAGAGCCUCCCAUUUUGGUGGACUAUGGGAAUCUGCCAUUCAUUCUGCUCAGAAACAUUUCAUCCGCAUUGUCCGAGACCGACCACUUUUUUACGACGACAUGCAGACUCUUUUAUGUCAAAUAGAAGGUUGCCUCAACUCUCGUCCUCUGGUUCCCCUGAGCGACGAUCCAACGGAUUAUGAGCCAUUAACACCCGGGCAUUUUCUUGUCGGCUCUGCAUUAAAAGCUGUUCCGGAUGACGAGCUCAGUGAGAUUCCGUUCAACUGCUUAAAAAAUUGGCAACAAAUCCAAAAACUGCUUCAGGAUCUCUGGCGGAGGUGGCAUCUAGAAUACAUAAAUACGUUACAACCAAGAAGCAAAUGGGUGCACUCACCUGUUUCCAUCAAGGAAAACCAGCUCGUCCUGUUGAAGGAAGAUAACACUCCACCGAUGCGUUGGCCGACGGCAAGAAUAAUCCAGACCCAUCCUGGCAGCGACGGAGUAAUCAGAGUGGUCACUCUGAGGACAGCGAAAGGAUCCUGUACGCGACCGGUGUCUAAAAUCUGCCUGCUGCCGAUUGCACCAUCGUUGGAGGAAUCAAUUACACCAUCCAGCGCUGAGCAAUCAACACCAGACGAGAUUCGUGCUUGA